UAUAUGAAAUAUCAACAUAUUUACCAAAAUAUUUACCAUUCAAGUAAAUUUAAACAAUAUAUUUAUUUGUUUGUGUUUUUAUAAAUCAACAAACCUGCAAGGAUUCACCAAAUUAUUUGCAACUCUUCCACGAUUUUUGGAUGUGAAGCGACGGAGUAUGCUGGGUGUUUUAACGCCCUCCUGUCCAAUACGUUUAUGCGCCAUCAUGGGCUAUGAUAAACGUGUUAAUGACAUUGUUUAUUGCCCACCAACAUUGCAUGACACGCUGCACUCCACCGUAGUGUUCUUUGGCGGAGACGUUCAGGAUUUUACAGAAAAUAUGCAAUUGCAUAGGGACAAUAAAAACUAUUUAAAAUGGAAUCUUGAAGAUACAGCAAAAGUCCUGCAUUCCCACUUUCCUAAUUGCCACGUCGUCGUUAUACGCCCUUCACGGAUAGAAUUUAAAACCUUCAGCUGUUAUGAGAAUUUCGUUCCAGGCAACAGUUGUGGUGUUCCUGAACAUACUCCAACACAUUAUGCCCUUCACCAUUUAGAAAAGUUACUGCAAAGUGUAUCGGAGAAAAUUCGCUCAAAUUUUGUACAAAGAAAAGGAGACACUGACAAGGACACAGUUACCGCAAGUGAGCAUUUGGGAAAAAGUUGUUCACAACAAUGCCUUCAAAUGAUAAAUUUAGACAAAAGUAAUUUGAUAUUGAUUGGAUUUAGUAAAGGUUGUGUUGUUUUAAAUCAAUUCCUUUACGAAUUUCACUACUUAAAAACACUCACGCCCGAUGAUCACACGAUGAUGCCAAUUGUGUCGCAGAUCGAAGAUAUGUAUUGGUUGGAUGGAGGACAUUCUGGUCAAAAAAAUACUUGGAUUACAUCGAGGAGCUUACUUGAGACCCUUACACGUUUGGGUAUUAGAGUCCAUGUCCAUGUAACUCCAUAUCAAAUAAACGAUGAAAGAAGACCGUGGGUUCGAAGAGAAGAGAAAGGAUUUAGUGAUCUUUUGCAACAACUUGGAUCAUCUAUAAACAGAGUUGUUCAUUUCGAAAAUGAUUUACCUAGUUUGUUAAUGCACUUUGAUGUGAUUAAUGUAUUUAGAGAUUCAACAGAUUUGCUAAAAUGAUCUUUUUUUUGUUUUUCUUUAACUUAUACGGAAUGAUCCUGGUUUUGUUUUCUGUUUGAAAUUUUUGGAAGUCGUUUAUGUUCAGUGUGGGCAAAGUACCAUUCAAAUAUGCUAUAGCUAUACCAUUGGAUAAGAUAAACUACUGUAAAACAAUUAAUAAUUUUUAUACUCACACAAUGAAUCAUAAAGUCGGAAGAAAUUUGUACUGGGUGGCCCGGCCCAUUAAGAAUGGUGUGCUGCUGAAUCUAAGAAAAUAUGGAUCAAGCUUUUGAGUAAAUUUUUUUUACAUAAAGAGAAAAUGCUGGAAAUCAAUUUUAAUUUUAUACAACUGCUAAUAAGGAAAACUUCAUAUGAUACAUAGAACAUGAUAUCUUAAAAAUCAGUAAAUUCGAUAACAAAAUGCUCCUUUCACCUUUGUAUUCUUCUCUAUCUUGCUCAUAAGAAAGAUGUGUGAUUUUUUUGAAAAAUAGGUUUCAAAUGUUAUUGUGCAAAAUGAUAAUAUCUAAUGAAAUCUUUUCAUAUUCUAUUCUCAGAAGAAGGGUUUUUUGGGAGAUGCUUUUCUUGUAUAUACAUAUCAGUUGCAGUAUUUUUAAAGGAAGAUUACAUAUACCAGUCUGAACUGUAUGUGGUGCUACAACUGUAUUCAAAUUAGAGCGGCGCCUUGUAGGUACUGAAUGUACGAUGCUGGUACCAUAGGUGGAAAGACUAAAUAAAUAUUUGAUAAAUAUGUACGUCAUUGUUUUUAAUAUACACAAUGGUGCACCUAAGAAAAAGUUGUGUCCACUUGCGCUGUAUUAAAAGAAAUAUACAGGGUGUUUUUUUGGGAGCUUUAGUUAAAAGUUUCUGGGAAAGUAAAAUAGGUAGGUUUUUGAAAAUUUGUACUUAGGAG